ACCAGCCCUUGAACACAACAGCAGCACGACCCGUCAUUCCAAACGAUGUGGAUGAAUGUCUUGACCUACAUAGCGGUCCAUCAUAACUUGUAACCUAGAACGUUUCAGUAAAACUGAAAGCGUGGAGGGCAACAAGACUGAUCAGUGGAAAAUAACUGCCCAGGCGUUGGCUUGAUGAUAUCAACAAGGUGAUAAGCAAGUGGUGUAACGACUGAGUAAAGAAUUCAAGAAUUUAAGCUAACAGGCUAGCUAGCAAAGAUCUCGCUGGAAAUGGCAGAGGAAAACACGCAGUUUUGCGGAAACUGCAAGCAUGACAUACCAGAAGCUAACUUUACCACUCAUGAGAUCCACUGUCGCAGAAAUAUUGCCCUUUGUGAUGUGUGCCAGGAGCCUGUCCCACGGGCAGAUCUGCAGCAGCACAGAGAUCAGGAGCAUGCACAGGUGCAGUGCAAAUGUGGGUUAAAGGUGGAGAAGAGGCUGAUGGAGACUCAUCAGACUUCAGAGUGCCCCCAGCGCAUGAUACCAUGUCAGUACUGCAACCUAGAGUUGGCCUUUGUCCAGGCUGGGGAUCAUGAGGACUACUGUGGCACCCGCACCGAGCCCUGCCCUAUAUGUAAGUGCAACGUGAUGCUGCGGGAGCGUGACAUCCACCCGGCCCUGUGCGGGAGCCUCACCCCUCCCCAGGAGAGGAGCAGCUCCAUCUGGGCAGCAGAGCCCCAGUCUCCGGGUGCCUGGUUCGAGGCCCACUCCAUCCACAAUCUGCUGAGGGCCCAAGAGCGGCUCCACAACAACAACAAUGCUGGCGCAACGGACUGCAGAGCGCCACCGCGGCCUAUAGAGGGCAGACUGCACAACAGCACCCGUGGGACAGUGGGGAUGAGGGGCAGAAGGAACACUGCGCCCAGGAACAACGAAUUUAGCCGCCUGCUGGAGCAGGAAGCAGAGUUAGGGAACAACAACAACAGUCUGCUGUGGCCUCCGGGCCAGUUUCCGAGCGACGACACCUCCAGCCUGGACUACCUGCUGGCCCUCAGUUUGGAUGACAUGGAUGGCCAGGAGGGUGUGUGGACAGACGUUUGGGAUCACCAGUUCGGAAGGACACCUGUCCACAGCAGCCUCCAGGCACCAGCCAACAACAACUACUGUAACAUCGCACCUCCUAGAGGACCCGCAAACCAUAGCCCAUCAGAGAUCAUGCUUCCCUGUGAGUUCUGUGAGGAGCUGUUUCCAGAGGAGGACCUCAUUCUUCACCAGACGGGUUGCAGCCCUGCUUCAGCUAUUGCAUCUUUCAGCAAGCAGCCCACGUCUCUCCCCUAUGAAAGCAGCACAGGCCAGGGUGGUAGUGGUCUGUUGAACAUGCCCGAAUGCCCUCCGAGUCCUCCCACCCUCCCUCGCUCAGUCUCCCCACUCUACUGCAGUCCACCCUCCAGUCCCUUAGAGGGCGACGUGCUCAUUCCAUGCGAGUUCUGUGGCGUCACACUGGAGGAAAGUGUUGUCUUUCACCACCAGGAUAAAUGUGACUUCCGAACACAAACAGCUUAUCCAGUGGAAAAAGUGUCUGCACAGAAGCCUCUGUUUCCACCCAGAGAAGUGGCAAGGAACUCACCUGAACGCCAACGAAGGCUACGGCACCAAGCGGACCCAGAAGAGGACCUACUGGGCCAGGCCUCGCUAGGGUGGUCCAGGACAGGGGCGUCUCCCAGGGAGCCCUGGAAAGCCUCUCCCCACGCUGGCCUGCUCCCCCACGGGAAGAACACCAACUCCGACCUGCAGGGGAAGAACAAGCUCCACCGAGGAGGAGGGGACGGCCACGGCGGCUCGGCUGCAAACUACAGCCCCACGGUCAGCCCCUCAACAGCCCCUGGCCAUCCAUUCAGAGGAAGAUCAGAAGGACGCAGAAGCCAGCGAAACACGGGGGUUGCUAAGGGAUCCAAGAAACAGAAUGUGGAGAAGGAAGAGUCUUGAGGCGUGAGAAAGACAAUUACAUCAUAAUUUGCUCUUUGCACUGACUGCAGGAGGCUAAACUUAAUUUGUGUGUGUGUUUGUCUUAAAGGGAACAACAGUGAUUUUACAAAAUCACACCAUUUUUUGCAUGUUAAGAAAUGUAUGAAUGUUUCAAUAACAUCAAUAACAUAAAUUCGACCACUCUCGAGCCGGAAAGGCAAGUAAACGGGUUGCUAGGGCAUACUGUAUAUCUAGAUCAUAUGCAGGAUAGCCUAUCUUGAAAAUGGUCAGGUGAACUUUAAAUGUUGUUGAGACAUUUUGUUUCUGAAUCUGCAAUUAAUUGUGUCAUUUUUGAAGAUCCUUUGCACUCUCAUUUUGAAGAAUGUAAGACUUAUGUGGCUUCUGACCAAUGUAAUGCUUUUCUUGCACUACAUGUGUGUCUACAUUAUUCCUAAUUUUACAUAAUGUAUAUCUUAUCCUUUUUAUACUUUCUCCUUUUUAAAAGUAAAUUCUUUGUUCAACAAAAAUAUGGAAGGAUAAUUUAAGUUUUAUAUUAUAAACUAUGUGUCUAGAUACAAAAUGUGGUGUUUUCGAUAAUAGCCUAUAUUGGGGUUGAUAUAAGGGUGAGUUGGUCAAUCUGUCUUGACAUCUAUCUGAGACUAUUCAGACCUGUUUGGCAAGUUUGUUGUGCACAUCUUAGAAGAGAAAAAUGUGUAAAGGCUGGUUAUUACAAUGAAAAAGACGUACAACUCUGCCUGUUUACGCUGCCCUCCCAAAGAACAGGGUCCAAAGCAUAUUUGUGAUUUAACCAGAAAUCCUCAUGCAAUACAUCAUGUCCUCUUUUGUGAAAACACUAUAAUCUGAAUAAAGGAUUCUAAUGAACCCA